AAUCAUUACUCAUAUUUUUCAAGAUCAUAGUCUAAUCCUAAAUCAAAAAACAUGCUACAUCGCAACGACCAAACACUCAUUGAAAAAUAUGAGAAAGCUACAGAAGCACUUAUGCAAGAAGAAGGAGCGAGAAGUGACGAGGAAGCAAAGUGGAUUGCAGAAGACGAGAACAUCCAGUCAAUCAUUUGCGAACAUGAAGAGGUGGCUGUUCAACUGAACGCGCUUUUGAACGAAAUUGAUCGUUUGAAGGCAUUUCAUUUGAUGGACACCCCUUACUCUAGUGAUAUUUCUUCUGCGGCUGUUGCACUUACUACUGAUGCCACCGACAGUAACAGAGAAGCUACGAUGAUGGGUGAAGUCCGCGCUUUGAACAAGGCUAUGGAGAAGGAGUAUCAGGAACGCCUUGCUCGUAUUGUCGAGAGGUACAAGGCGCCUGUAGACGCUCUGAAGCACUUGUAACCAUCAUUCAUUCGCAAAAAUACUGGCGGGUUUUCUGGCUUCAACGUCUUUCAGAAACGCCCUUUUGAUUCUGAUG